AUGCCAGACAUUACAUUGUACUUUCUGCAGGCUUCGCGUUGUAUACGCACAGCCUGGCAACUCGAAGAACUAGGCCUGGACUACAAAGUCGAGUUCUCGGAGCGCGAGAACGGAAAAGCACCCCAACACUUCAAGGACAACUCUGGCGAUGCAUUGGGCAAAUUUCCUUUGCUCAAAGAUGGAGAUUUGACAGUGGGAGAAAGUGGUGCUAUCGCCGAGUAUGUCGAGUCCUGCGAGAUCCAUUCAUGUGCUCAAAUCGUUGAUGAGAACACAGANUACUUAUGCGAAAAAUACGAUACCUCGAAUAAACUGCUUCCCAAAGAAGAGGCCACACGCGUGCAAUGUCUACGCUGGCUCCACGCAUCGGAAGCCACGUAUGCGCUGCACGCACUAGCCAUCCUCUACACGCGCUGGUUUGGCGCCGACAACCCAGGCGCAGCCGAGAAGAUCGAAGAAGGCAUGUCAGUGAACGUGUGCAAAGACAUGGACUUCCUAGAAGCACACUUGAGCAACAGCCCUGAAAAGUUUCUGGUCGGAGACAGUGUCACAGUGGCUGAUUGUAUGAUGCUGUUCUCGGCGCAGUUCAUUUUGGCAAGGCAGUUGGGGACCAAGGGGAAGAAGUGGGACAGGAUUGAGAAAUGGAUCGCCGACUGUGAAGACACGGAGAGCUACAAGCGUGCUGUUCAGAAGACAGGCCACAAGCUGUAG